GUGAAUUUAAAAAAAAACGUUACGAAGACAGAAAGAGUUUAGACAAUCUCUUGUUAUUGUCAUAAUCAAUUAUCUACCAUCAUGUUUUGAGAGACCUUUUCCAACAUGAUAGCAAAAUGUGUAUUUUUCCAGUUUCAAAUUUUCUACCAACAAAAAAAUAAUUCUGAAAUCUCGAAAUGUGCCAUUGAACAACUUCAACUCUGACAAUCGUGGUCAUAUUUUAACUUCCAUUCAGUUCAGAGGGCUAUUUAUAGCAUAAACGAGGAAAGGUGCAUUUUUGGCUCAAACAGUUUUCAAAAAAGUGUCCUAAUACAUAUCUUGAAAUGCACAACUGGCCAGCUACAAUUUUGUAAAUCCUCCAUUCUGGUCAACUUAUAGCAUCUUUUGCAUUUUAAGAGCCUCUUUCCAUACAAGUGCAAAAAAUUGUAUUGGGCUCCAGUUUUUCAAAAAAAUUCCAAAAUCUCAAGUCUUGUAAUUGUGAUGAAAAAUUUUGAAUUGUGAAAUACUUCAAUGUGUAAUAAUCUAACGUAACUUUUGCCAGUAAAAAAAUGUUCUGCAUUGAGAUGGUCUUCGAUCUUGAAUUUUUUGUGUUUAUUGAAUUAUUCAUCUUCAUAAACCUUGAAACAUUCGAUCACUUCAUCCCCUUCAUUCUUCAGAUACGAUCACGAAGACAGGAAUUUAUUACAUUUACACAACUGAUUUUUUGCCAUCUGCGUGAACGAAUCGUUUUAUCAAUUUUCUGACUCACAUAGGCAGCUGCAAAGUGAUGAAAAAUCUGUUCCUAACAAUCUGAAUUCUGCCAUCGAUGCCUCAGUUUCAAAAUACAUCCUUCUGCUCGCAGUUUUAAAACAUUCCACGACCAGAGAACUACCUUCCUCGUCUAAUAAAAUGAAUUCGUCGAAGUUCAUCUCCUUCUGUAUCAUGCUAUGGUAUUGCAAUUACACAGCAGAAGUUCAAUCAGAGAAGCAAAAAGGUAAUCGAUGAAAUAAUUUAUAUCCAAACUCAUGUCCUCUGAAUUAUCCAAUUUUGCACCAUACGUACAAUACAUACGUAUUUUUACAGCUUUAAUUUUCAAUCAAGAAGCCAAAAAGCUCAUAGAACUGAACGUCGAUGACGAUUCUGAAAAAUGUACCCAUUGCAUUACCGCCUGUCCUCUUUCUACGGAAAUCAUAAGGAAAGCUACUGUAAGUGGAAAUGGAUUACUAGUACAAAAAGUCUACGAUGAUGCAGAAAAUCCAACCAAAGUCGAAACAGAUAUCUGCGACAAGCCAAUGACACCGUCGAUAGUCUUCGACUUGAAUUCUUCAAAUCUUGAGAUAGGAUAUGAGAUGUUUUAUGGAAAAGGACAAUCAAUCAAAUUGAAUUGCGACCUCUAUAAUGAUUUAUUUAAUAUUAUAAAUGGUAAACCAAACCAACACGGUAGAAAAUUCAUUAAUCACCAAUCCAUAACCAAAAUCGACGAAGAUGACAAUACAACGUUUCAAAUUAAGGGUAACCCAGAUGAAACAACGAUUAUAGAUGGUGAACAAACCCAAGAAGAUAGACAACCCAUUAAUGACAAAUCCAUAAUAACCACAGCAAUCGACGAAAAUCCGAAUACAUCUCAAAUUAAGGAUACCCCAGAUGAAACAAUGGUUUUCUACUGGAUAUCAGUGCUCACUUUGGUGAACCCUGAAAGGAACCGCAGACAGAUAACCAUAGAAAAGGACGUCAUUAAUGAUUACUUCCAUAAAGAGCGAGUAAUAUCUCACUGUGAAAAUUAUUAUAUAAGUGUUGGCGCUCAGAUAGUGCCAUUAGAACGCGGCUGUCAGAUUCCGUCAUCGAAAUGCCAAAGGGUCUUGAAUUGGCUUUUUUCCAAACAACCAGCAGCUGACAAACGUUUGGAAAAAACUCAAAUAGUACCAAUGCACAUGUUGCACACAUUGCCAGGAAGACUUGCCACCUGUCUGUAUGCAAACAUUGCAUUUAUUUGGAGCAGCAUUGCGAAUGGUCAAUUAGAAGAAGUCGAUUUAUUCUUGUACGCUUUAUAUAAAGUAAGAAAUACCUCGAGAAUCACAUCAAAAAGUUACCCACAUAGAUUGUUUCAUUAAAACGAAUGACAUUUCUCAAUUUCCAGCUACAUCCUUCGAACAUAAAUAUAUACUUUGGCGUAAAAGGCGAUUUAAAAGAUAUCAGCCCCGAAUUAACAGCUUCAGAAAAUUCCAUAUUUCACGAAUACUCAAUUCCCGAAUUUAUGUAUCGAAUUGUCGAAUGGACCAAUGGAACAGUAGAAUAUAAGGUCAUCGUUGUAAUUCAUAACGAUCCUAAAUCUAUAAAAGAAGAAGAUCGAAUAUGUUCAAAUUCAGAGCAAGUGCCAGGUUGGAACGACAUAAAAAGCUCAGAUACUACUACCAUAACUGGGACAAGCUACACGUGCCCUCACUCAAGACCAAAUACAUUAUCAAAAAUGGGACUUCACCUAGAUUUCAGUUGGAAACCUUUCAGCAUAGAACGUUUUCCUACUACUGGCGAAUCUGAUAGAAAUAUAGUUUUCAAAGAUAUAAGUGAGCAAGUUCGAGCUGAAUUCCAUCGGCUUAAGGGUUUGAAAAAUUAGGUUUAGUUGUCUAGCACAUAUUUUAGAAUUUUGAUCUCAGUAAUUAAAGAUUAAUUAUAGAUUUACGCCUAUACUAGUAGUUUUAUAUCAUACUAGGGGGCUCUGCCCCCUGGCCGCUUCGCGGCCUCACCCCCGUACUCGUUCCUCGGGCUUCGCCCUCGGAACUCGCUCUUGGGGGCUGCGCCCCCAAACCCCCCAUCGCUCUCCCUUUUCUCUCUUAGUGCUCGCUUUUUCAAGGUUGCCCCCAAGUCCCUUUCCUUACAACAAACUACGAGCAAAAUGAGUAAUUGAAAAGAGAAAUACUCGGCUGAGAAGUAUAAGUUGGAUUUUUUGUUUACUAUUAUUUUGAUGAUAAGUAAAAUGCUUAGCAAAUUGGAAAUAUUCGGCUGAGAAAUUAAAGUUCAAAGUUAUGAUUGUUCAAAAUAAUGCUUUUUUGAUUUUUAAUUUUUCAUGCUUAAACUAAAAAAUUUUGAAUUACAAAUGUUUUAUAACAUAUCUACACGUCAUAAGGAAUAUUUUGAAAAAAAAAAUGAGCAAAAUCGGUUCAGUUUUCAUAAAUUUAGAGGAGGGGGCCCAAAAAUUAGUUUUUGGGCCAUUUCUCCCUCUGUAUGGGACCAAAUUGGUUCAAAUUUUGGAAUUCGGUUCAAAAUGCAAUUUGGAAGAAAACAUAUUUCCAAAAUUUUUUAAAAUUGAUUUUAGGGUCUCUUUUCCUAAAUUUGGGGCCCUGAAAAUCAAAAUUUGGACCUCGCUAUAGUUUUCGCAUCAAGUACUCGUCGAGAGCUUUCUAUUGAAAAAAAAAUUAGCUUCCUAGGUAUAAUUGGAGCCAAAUGAGAGCCUGCUGAACUUUUUUUGCUUGUAGCUUUAUACUAUAGAUUACGUACCUACCAUGGAAAAAAUUACACUAUUUUCAAUCCAAUGUUGCACAGUUUUUCAAAUUUUAUGCCUUCCAUCGAAAUUUUUUAAAGGGACGAGCAUCUUAAGGAACAUUUUAGAGCAAAGUUGCCAACAAAAAGUUGGCUUUACUAACAAUUUGACAGGUCGACAGAAAUCACAACAGAGGACUCACACAAAUUUUUUGAACUGGACGAAGCUACAUACGUAGAUCAAAAGAGAAAAUUUAAAAAAAUCAAAAUUCAAGCUAAAAAUGAGGGGAAAAAUGAAAUUUUACCAAAUUGACCAAGAAAGCUGAAAAUUGGGAUAUUCCCUAUUUUCAACCUGCCAAAUCGAUUGGAAGCGGUUUCAAACAGUUUUGAGUAGUUCUAGAGCCUCCAGCAGAUUUUUGAAACUUGAAAUGUUCCCAAAAUUUCAUCAAAUGAAGUUGGAAAUGUGAAAUUCAC